UUGUCUGCGGAUCCUGGUUUGAUCAUUUCCUAAGCUGGGAAGAACACAAAAAUGACAAAAACAUCCUGUUUUUGUUCUAUGAAGAUAUGAAGAAGGAUCUCUCUAAGAUUGUAAUGGAAAUCAGUUUGUUCCUGGGUUUAAACGUCAGUGACAAUGACAUCCAAGACAUCUGCAAGAAGUCCUCGUUCUCAGAGAUGAAAAGUGACACAGAAAAGGAGAACAGUGAUCCCAAUCACACUGUUUGUGCACUAACAUCCAACAGAAGGCUGAUUUUCCGAAAAGGCGCUGUUGGUGAUUGGAAGAACCAUUUCACUCCAAAACAGAAUCGAAGGUUUGAAGAGGUGUUUAAUGAGAAAAUGAAACUCAGCAAAAUGGCAAAAAGUCUUACCUAUGAAUUUUGA